GAUAUCAAUAAGGGUUCGUUUAAGUUUCACGUCUUAAAACGUGCCGGCGCUUGCCGAGAUUACACAAGAACUUCAGAGUAAACAUCAAAAAAUUCCCGUAAACUGAAGGUACAGUUGUGUAGAUUUUACGGUGUCACAUCCAUAGAUAAACGUUGUAAUGUGCUGACAAGUUUUUAAUUAUCGGUAUCUGCAGCAGCUCUCAUUCCACUCUGCUAUGGUGAAUUGCCAAUAAUGAAUAUCAAAGUGUGCGACGUUCUUGGACUUUCUGAGUUUCUUGAGGAAGUUUAUUUGCAUGGGACGACAACAUGCUGCACCUCACAGUAAGAUGUCAAAUAACAGCCUUCACCUUUUACUUUUUAACUGAUAACGUUAUUAGCAUAAGGAAUGGUGGGAGUCUCUUCUUGGAGGACAUCUCCUUUUUCCCACUGAAGUAAUAUCUUUCUUGAUGAUGAUUUUCUUUGGCUCCAAACUACAUGUUACUUUGAAUGGUGGACUUGUCUUCCUCAUCAUUGAUGUCAUCACCGCACUGAACAUGAAUUGUACAAGUCCACAGACUGCUUUAAUAAAUGAGGAGACAUCACUGAACUGUUACAUUGAACAGCUGAAUGGAGAUGAGGUACUCUCAGUUAUCUGGGAAAAGGGAACACGGGUGCUCAUUAAAUAUCCAAGGAGAUCCAUAAAAAAGAAAGAAACUGAAGAGGCAAAAUUUGCACUUGAGGAGAGUCAUAUUCAUCAGGGAGACAUCUCUCUCACCAUCAAGAAUGUUCUUCAGUCAGAUGAAGGCAACUAUUGGUAUUCACUUCGUACCAAGAGGGAGAGUCUCCAGGGAGCGGUGAAGCUGCGUGUGCUUGCACACAUUAGAGUGAACUGUAAAAAUCCACAGACUGCUGAGAUCAACACAAACUUCACCCUCAAUUGCACAACCUUGGGACUAAAUGGUGAAGAGCUAACCUUUGUUCACUGGUAUAAAGAGAAUACUUUCCUGGCUGUGUAUCCUGACAAUGGAAACCACAAUGGAAACAAUACUUUGACUAGAUUUAAACUAAAUGAGAAUCGAAUCAAGCAAGGAGAUUUCUCUCUAGACAUAGCAGCAGUGGACAAGUCUGAUGAGGGCAAUUAUCAAUACUUAGUUUCCACUGGAAAAGUGAUACGUGAAGGAGAAGUGUUUCUGAAAGUAAAAAUGCGUUCUGAGAUGAAAUGCCCAAGUCCGCAGACAGCCUUCCUAAAUAUGAACACCUCAAUCAAAUGCAGAAUUGAGAACUUGAACAGUGAUAAGGUGACAUAUGUUUUCUGGACCAAAGAUGACAAUAUCCUGGCCAGCUACCCAAGGAAAGAAAGCCCAACUUUGACAGAAACUGGAAAAUCCAGAUUUGCUCUUGAUCAAGAUCGUGUCAGUCAAGGAGACAUCUCCCUUUACAUCAGUGAUGUACAAAAUACAGAUGGUGGGCUGUACCGGUAUUCACUGGGAACAGAGAGCACACGUGAAGAAGGAGGGGUGACGCUUGAAAUAUUUUUUCCAAAAGUCGCAAGAAGCAGAACUUCGACAGUUAUAACAGUCUGUGCUGUGGUGAUCAUUUUGGCUUGUAUGGCCAUUGCUGCAUUUUCCUUCUUUAGACGAAGAGGCACCACCGAAGAGUCUGCCAGAAACCCAGAGAAUCUUCAGCUAGAGGUCCAUGAGGCACAGGAUGAGGAACUUGAUCCCCUCUGAAGCAUGAACUAGAUCUUGUGCCAUGUGAAGGUUCUGCUUGUUUUCCUACUUUAUACAUUAUAACAGGCAGCCAGGACUCCUACCCAGCUGGGGUACCUUCGCAAGGGACAGACCGGGGAAAGGCAGUACCUCCCCCGGGACAAUAGAGGGCAGCCUGUUUACUACAGUGCCACAGGUUUAAAGUACGGAAAUUCAAUCCUGCUGAGGCUCAUGGCCUCUGCCAGGAGGAACAUGGAGAAUGGCUGAGCCCAUCUCUGCAGGGCUGAUGCCACACCCAGAAUUGCAUCCGGAAGGAGAUUGUGGAACACCUGACCUACUGAGUCAGAGCUAAUAACCCAGAAAUGGGAGGUGUACUCGUCAAAGUUAUUGUUACUUGGAGGAUAGCUCAUGAUUGAUGUGUUGUACAAUAAUGUGCUGGUCUUGUUUUGAUCAGCAGAAUCAACUGAAAGUACAGAUGUGUCACUCAGAGAUAUUUUAUGUUGUGUUUUGAAGUAAUACAUGAAAGCACACAAAAAAUCAGAAGAGUAAUGUAACACUGUUGGUGGCUUUCAAACUAUAGCUCGCAUUUGUUUGGUCAGUGGGAGGGUCCAGCGUAUUGGUUGAAAUCAAUUGGCUGGGACUUUUUGAUUGAUGUAUGACACUUGGGUAUUCCAUAUACAAAAUAAUUGAUAUUAUUUUUUCA